AUGAAUAUUUUUUUCAAUCUGAGGGGGACUGUUGUGAGGCAAGUAGCUGAGGACAGACCUGUUGCAGAGAGCGAGAAGAAGAGAGUCAAUCCUCCGCCAGAGGCAGUCAUGAGCCCUCCACGUCGAUCAUCGAGUUCCCAUAGUGACAGAACAUCAACCGAGACUCUGCAGAAGAACAACAGCAGCAACUCUGGUGUUAUUCUGGACAUCUCGACUCUCAAGAUGGCCGAAGUAGAUACAGAGGUGCCCCCACUUCCACCUCGCUACCGCUUCAGGGACUUAUUACUGGGGGAUCAGACAUUUCAGAAUGAUGACAGGUAUCAGGAGGAGUACAGUAUGGACUCAACCAAUGCCCAGGUGCAGGUGGAGUUCUACGUGAACGAAAACACCUUCAAGGAGAGGCUGAAGCUUUUCUUCAUCAAAAACCAAAGGUCAAGCCUGAGAAUCCGCCUGUUCAACUUCUCCCUGAAGAUUCUCACCUGUGUCCUCUACAUAGUGAGAGUCAGCCUGGAUAAUCCCCAUGAUACCCCAAGAAAUAACUGUUCAUACAAUCCAUCUUCGGACGAAAUCAACUGGGAGUUGAUUUUCUGGGUUAACAGACGGGUUCCUGUAUGGGCAAUACAGGUGACAGUGGCCUUAAUCAGUUUCUUGGAGACCAUGCUUAUCACAUAUCUCAGCUACAAGGGGAACAUCUGGGAGCAGUUUUUCCAGAUAUCCUUCAUAUUGGAGAUGAUGAAUACAGUGCCAUUUAUAAUCACGAUCUUCUGGCCUCCUUUGACAAACAUAUUUGUCCCUGUAUUUCUUAAUUGCUGGCUUGCCAAAGGUGCCCUGGAGAACAUGAUUAAUGAUUUUCAUCGUGCCAUCCAGAGGACCCACUCAGCCAUGUUCAACCAGGUGUUCAUCCUCAUCUGCACCUUACUGUGUCUGGUUUUCACCGGCGGGCAAAGAGCUUGUGGUAUCCAGCACUUAGAGAGAGCCGGGAAGCACCUGUCCUUGUUCGACUCGUUCUAUUUCUGUAUCGUCACCUUCUCCACUGUGGGCUAUGGGGAUGUGACGCCACAGAUCUGGCCCUCCAAGCUGCUUGUGGUCAUCCUGAUCUGUGUUGCUCUGGUGGUGCUCCCACUGCAGUUUGAAGAACUUGCGUACCUGUGGAUGGAGAGCCAGAAGUUAGGAGGGAACUACAGCCGACACCGAGCACAGACAGAGAAGCAUGUGGUAUUGUGUGUCAGCUCAUUGAAGAUAGACCUGCUGAUGGAUUUCCUGAACGAGUUCUACGCUCAUCCAAGAUUACAGGAUUACUAUGUGGUGAUUCUGUGUCCGACUGAGAUAGAUAUUCAAGUCCGUCGUAUCCUCCAGAUCCCUCUGUGGUCCCAGAGGGUCAUCUAUCUUCAAGGAUCUGCCCUCAAAGAUCAGGACCUGAUGAGGGCCAAAAUGGACGACGCCGAGGCCUGCUUCAUCCUCAGCAGCAGGAAUGAGGUCGACCGAACUGCUGCCGAUCACCAGACUAUUUUGAGGGCUUGGGCUGCAAAGGACUUUGCUCCAAACUGCCCUCUCUAUGUCCAAAUUCUCAAACCAGAAAAUAAGUUUCAUGUUAAAUUUGCUGAUCAUGUAGUGUGUGAAGAGGAGUUCAAAUAUGCCAUGUUGGCGCUGAACUGUGUGUGUCCGGCCACGUCUACUUUAGUCACACUCCUGGUUCACACCUCCAGAGGACAGGAAGGACAGAUGUCACCGGAGCAGUGGCAGAGGACGUAUGGACGCUGCUCUGGAAACGAGGUCUACCACAUCCGUUUGUGUGACAGCAAGUUUUUCGGGGAAUAUGAUGGGAAAAGCUUCACCUACGCCUCCUUCCACGCCCAUAAGAAGUAUGGUGUGUGUCUGAUCGGGGUGAAGAGGGAGGACAACAAGAGCAUCAUGUUGAACCCUGGCCCCCGCCACAUCAUGACUGCCGCGGACACCUGCUACUACAUCAACAUCACCAAGGAGGAGAACUCCGCCUUCAUCUUCAAAGAGGAGGAGAAGCACAACAAGGGCCUGCCCGUCACCGGUCUCUACGACGCCCCCUCUAGACUGCCUGUGCAUAGUAUCAUCGCCAGCAUGGGCACCGUAGCCAUAGAUCUCCAGAACCCCGAUCCCCCCGAGGAAAGCAGCAAACUAACCUUGCCGACAGAGAACGGCGCUGGAAGCCGCAGGCCAAGCAUCGCACCUGUCCUAGAGAUCGCUGACUCCUCUGCCAUACUGCCCUGCGACCUCCUCAGUGACCAAUCAGAGGAUGAGACCAACCAGUCAGACGAAGAGGGCUCUGUGGGGUCAGAUUUUGUGAAGGGCUACCCUCCCAACUCGCCCUACAUCGGCAGCUCUCCAACUCUGUGUCACCUCCUACCACAAAAAGCGCCGUUCUGCUGCCUUCGUCUCGACAAGGGCUGUACGCACAACAGCUUUGAAGAUGCCAAGGCGUACGGUUUCAAGAAUAAGCUGAUUAUAGUGUCUGCGGAGAUGGCAGGAAAUGGUCUGUACAACUUCAUUGUCCCUCUGCGAGCGUACUAUCGGCCCAGGAAGGAGCUCAACCCCAUAGUGCUGCUACUGGACUACCCGCCAGACAACCACUUCUUAGAGGCCAUUUGCUGCUUCCCAAUGGUUUACUUCAUGGCUGGCACAAUCGAUAACUUGGACAACCUGCUGCAGUGUGGUAUAAUCUAUGCUGACAAUUUGGUGGUUGUGGACAAGGAGAGCACCAUGAGCGCUGAGGAGGACUACAUGGCAGACGCCAAGACCAUCGUCAACGUCCAGACUAUGUUCAGGCUGUUCCCCAGUCUCAGCAUCAUCACAGAGCUCACACACCCGUCCAACAUGAGGUUCAUGCAGUUUAGAGCCAAGGACUGCUACUCACUCGCUCUCUCCAAACUGGAGAAGAUAGAGCGAGAUAAGGGCUCCAACCUGGCCUUCAUGUUCCGGCUGCCGUUUGCUGCAGGCAGAGUGUUCAGUAUCAGCAUGCUGGAUACUCUGCUGUACCAGUCGUUUGUUAAGGACUACAUGAUCGCAAUUGCGAGGCUGCUUCUGGGUCUGGACACCACGCCUGGCUCUGGGUAUCUGUGUGCUAUGAAGAUCACAGAGGAGGACCUGUGGAUCAGGACUUACGGCAGACUCUUCCAGAAACUUUGUUCCUCCAGCGCUGAGAUUCCCAUCGGGAUCUACCGCACCGAGUCGCACAUGUUCUCAACCUCAGAGGGCAAGGACAGUUACGCACAGUCUCAGGUGUCCAUCAACGUGGAGCAGGGUGAGGAGCAUCGUGAACGUGGAGAGUCCUGGAAGGAAAAGACAGCCCACAGAAACUCCACCACGAGUGACCAAUCAGAGCACCCGCUGCUGAGGAAGAAGAGCAUGCAGUGGGCGCGGCGUCUGAGCAGGAAGAGCACAAAGCCGUCGAGCAGAGCCGAGCGCAUCUCGCAGCAGAGACUCAACCUGUACCGGCGCUCUGAGAGACAGGAGCUGUCUGAGCUGGUCAAGAAUCGCAUGAAGCACCUGGGCCUGCCCACCGUGGGAUACGAGGAUGUUUCUAAUCUCACUGCGAGCGAUGUCAUGAAUCGAGUAAAUCUAGGAUAUUUGCAAGAUGAGAUGAACGACCACCAGAACACGCUGUCCUACGUGCUCAUUAAUCCUCCUCCUGACACCAUGCUGGAGCUCAACGACAUUGUGUACAUUAUCCGGUCCGACCCGCUGGCACACAUGCCCGAGGACUCACAGGUGGGGCAGUCCCGCAGCACCAGGAACCAGCAGGACUUUGGCACAGAGACCAGAGAUGAGACUCACCUCUAGAAAAGAAAAAAAGAAAAAUCUCCCCACCUCCCCCUUAGUCCUCAUCACCCUGACCCUUAAACGUCCGAGCACCGCCCAAACCGACGGAGCUCGUCUAUCUCACAGAUUAAAAGGAAGCACGGCCGUCCACAGUGAAUGAAUGUGAAUCAUGUGUCUGCAUUUAAGAGGACGGCCUCGAGAGAUCUGCUGUUCCCCACUGAGCUGCUACAGGUGGAUGCAUGAAGAGUGCCUCGUCAUCAACCCCGACCCCUCUUCCCUGCCCCUCUCUGUCUCGCAUACCUACUGUAUCUAAAAGUGACAAACAGGCACUGGA